CUCAUUCAGGCUAUCGACAUGAGUCUUUAACACUCAUACGACGUGAAAUAAGGCAGAAUUUAACAAUGGUUUUCGAUGUAAACAUUCCUUUCGCUGAUAAACCUUCCAGACGCCGUAAUGUCGGUAGGAACAAGGAGUUGUCACUUCGAGUGUUUUCCAAUGUCCAUCCCUGACUACGUGGCGCCCAUUGUGCAAGCCUGUUAUUCAAGGGCCGACUCGACUGAUGUGUUAUGUCAUAUUACACAUAUAUUCAUCACGAUAAUAAGCUACACAUAAUGUUUGAGAUCAUACAGCGGUUUUAUAAGCACGGUAUCACCUAGCCGAGAUUUGUUUGUGCUGCGUAUCGAUUAACAUAGCAAAUAAGCUUGCCGGUCUUCUAUUCAUGUUCGGAUUACCACCAGAAAUAUCUACUGGUUAUAUGCACCCUAACUGGGCGCUGACGGGCGUCAUAUCAAGUCAUUCAUCGGAUCACGUUUUCAUGAGAGUAAAUAUUGUUUCUGUGUCACAUGCCUGGAUGAUAAUAUUUAUCCUCUCGUUUCAUUGGUCUGGAGUUUUACUCCGCUUAUUACAACAAAGCGUCCUUUAUGGGGGACAUGGAAAGGAUUAAUGUAACUAUAACGUCACUUGGAACACAAUGUCCCGAUAUGAUCUAACCAUUACGUAUUUCAAAUGGGAUAAUUAACGAAGGAUCGAUACACAUUCAAUGUGCAUAGUGAUUCUGUUGUAUAUUAUCUUGAGUGUUCGCUACACUUUGGGUUGUGAAGUUUUAUCUUAUGUUAUAAAGUUAUACAUGGGCAACGUGAAUGCCAUAUAUAACCUGUUGCUGACCUGCCGAGGGUUAAUCGUCAUUUAGGCGUGUUGGGGUUAACGCUAACAUCUGGUCAUUCAUGUUGCCCGAUCCCAAACACGAGGACUUGGAUCCGGGAAUGGACACCAGUAAACCUCUUGCUAAUGGCAGGGGAACUGACCACGUCCACAUUACACGGUUGCUAGGCGACACACGUGUCUCGGAAUGGCAGAGGGCGCUGCGGAAACUCCUGGGGACGUACAUCCAACAUGACGUCAUGAAACAAGCAGUAGCGUUCCUCUCCGACAACAUCCACUCAGCUAUAGAAUCCAUUCGCUCGCCGCACUUGUUCCCUGGCUUCCCCUGCCUCUACGUCCACACCGACAGGAAGCCGGUCGUCUUUGACAUUGACCUAUGGAAGACGAUCCUCAUCGCCAUCAACUUCGAGCUCACAGAACCGGACGGCAACCGCCAUCUUGAUUUAAUCGAGGUCAAGGUCACUGAUAAAGUUACUUUACCAUCUCUCAUAGGGUUUCACCAGCUGCUGAAGAAUAUCUUACAACUGAACUGGGACAUCAUCCGGCUGAUACUUUACCUGGAAGAGGAGGAAGCCUUCACGUUUCUGUGUACACUGCAGGAUGUGUUGCGAUCCCCGAGCCGGACCAGCAACCCCGCCCUUGUAACUGCCCUGUACCAGAAACAGACUUCCGCUAUGGAGGAACUCGGCUUCUGCCGGAGAAGGGGGGAGGGGCGUGGCUCGAAGUGGGUGGUGGAGUGGGAAAACACGGAAUCAGAGCAAGUCCUGUAUGCCGAGGUUGUGUUGUUUGGCCUCUUUCAUCACGGAAAGGCUUGGAGACGUAUAUAUGAGGCUUGGUGCGAGGCCGUUAAAGUCAAGUUUUAUCCAGAGGUCCCAGCAAUGUCAGGAUGGAGGUAGUGUUGAUCUCUAGUCAGUGAUAUGGUUCGCCGUAUUGUCACCACUGAAGCAGACUGUCCCACGGAUUGUGAAUGUUUCGCCCUUGCAAAGGGUAACGUAAUGACCAGUAUUAUGUGUCCAGACUAUUUUUUGUUUUAUAGUAUAUUUUGCGACCACGAAGGGUGGGGUGGGAUUUGCAUGGCAACUCAAGUCAAAACAUUCAUUACACAGCAGUCUCGUUUCCUGUUGACUGGGUUCCGUCCUAUUGCGCAACUUAGUACAAUAACCAGUCCAGAUUUUUUAGAACAAUUCAUUUAACUGAUUACAUAAAUAUGAAUCAGUAUUAUUUGAUACAUUUACGCACUUGUAUAUUGCAACACUACGUUCCUUCUAAUCCUUGCAAACACGUCGUGCAGCGUGCUCUGUCGUACAGCGAGC